ACCAGAGUCACAGGACAGACUCAGUCCGUCGGCGUGUCAAGACAGCACAGGCGCUCGUGAGAGGUGAACAAAAGCAGAACGACUACAGAUGGCGAACGAGCAGAAUAGCAUCGAUAUCAUGGACAAUCAUUUCAAUCGACAGCCCUGACCCUAACCCGCGAAGGCAGAUGGCGUCGGAGGUGGCAGACAGGGCCAUGGGCGCAGUCAUAGGAGCGGCGGUGGCGGACGCGGCAGCCCAGCCCAUGCACUGGAUCUACAACCCAGACAGGCUCCUCGAGGUUCUGGAAGAUCUGGAGCCCAGCCCUGAGUUCCGUCCGCUGUCCGCCAACCCGUUCUACCGGAGGACAACGGGAGAGCAGACCUGCUAUGGAGACCAAGCCUACGUUCUGCUGGAGUCCCUGAAGGAAUGUGGAGGUUUGAACGUGGAAGACUUGACCAAGCGGACCUACAAGUUCUUUGGCAAAGGAACAGUGUACGACCUUCCUCUCAACGACCCCUACAAAAAGAAAGGAGGGCCUAAAGCCGUCCUCCCCAUUGACGGGCCCUGGAUGAACGGAAGCCUGAAAGCCUUCAUCCGAAACGUGGACGAGGGCAAGGAUGAGACCGGGUGCGACGUGGACUGUCAGAUGGAUGGCGUCACCAAGCUGGCCCCCGUGGUUGCCAUGUACGCUGGGAAGCCAGAGAUGCUGGAGAAGGUGGAGGCAGCCGUUCGCGUCACCCAGAACUACGAUCUGUGUGUUGCCGUGACGAUGGCAGCUGCCAGGUUUAUGGAGUUCUUCAUCCUGAAUGGACCCAGUCCAAACGCCCUGGAAGCUGUUUUGGCCCAGCUCAGGGAUCCAAACAGAAGGAACCCCCAGGAUCUGGACAGCGCUGUGAUUGGCCAUAUCCUCCAGGUUAGGGACAACCUGAGCAGGACUAUUCAAGAGCUCACUCCUGCAGUAUUCACAAACACAUGAGCCGUGCCCGGGGCGUUCCAGGGGGCGCUCCACAUGGCCAUGACCCAGAGCCAGCUGGACGAGGCGGUCAGGACCACCAUGCGCUGCGGAGGCUGCACCGCCAGCAGGGCCUCCUUCAUCGGGGCCUGCCUGGGGGCCAAGGUGGGUCUUCAGGGAAUCCCAGAGUCCUGGAAGAACAGAACUCUGAGAUACCCUCUCCUGCUUGAACUAGCCAAGGACGUUGUUAGCUCACAGCUAGCCUAGUUCUGCUGCGGCGCUCAUACUCCCUUUUCAAGCUGUUUAGGUGAAGGUCAUUUCAGACAGUGUGUUAAAGAGCCUUUCCAGUCACAGUUGUAUUUCUGGCAAACCAGUUCAUGAAAGUUUCAUUUUAAAGCAACAUGUAAGGAAUGGAACAUGAGCCUUCUGGUUUUGUUAGACUAUGCUCAAUGUGUCUGCGUGUGAAAAAUAUAUUUUAUAUUGUCAUGUAUUUUAUCCAAUAUAUUUAUAUAUAUAAUAUAUAUACUUUUCGGCUUCAUUUCCUUGAUAGAGACAGGGACAGAGUGACAGGAAAGGCAGGGAGAGAGGGGAAGACAUGCAGGAAGUGGUUCGGGGUGGAAUCAAACCCGGUCCCCUGUAAUAAGCCUUUAACCAAAGCAAUACACACUCCGACCGGUGAAACAUCCCAUUUCUUUUGCGAUGCUGACUGAAAGAGGAAGGAUGUUUGGCAAUGGAGAAGAACACACGUUAUUAGAACCGUUAACUUGCUUUUGACCAGUUAAGAAAAUUAUUAACAUGAGAAACAUGUAUAAAAUGUAUACAAAUUUUAUAUGAGCUACCAGUUGCUUUCAUUUGCAUUUGAAUUUGAAUAACCCCAAAUUAGAUGAGGAGAGAAUCUGUCAACUUGCAAUCAUUUCAAGAACAGAAACUUCUUUUGCUAAAGAGGAAGUGGAUUUCAGCAGGUUUCAAGGCUGGCCCUCUCUCCUGGUGAGUACUCUGCCCAAGUGAAAAAACAGAGACACAAAGAUUGACUGGAACAAGCAACGGACAGCAGUUUACCCAGCCCUCAGAGGACUCGCUCUCUCUGCCUAAACCUGCUGACUUCCUUACCGCCAUGUCCUCACUGACUCCACUGAUGAUCUGACAUAAACUCGCCAUGUGGAGCAAUGCCAGCAUCUUAAUAUCUUUGACAUAAAGAGUGUCUGGGAAUGAAAGAUUUAAGACGAGCAUAAAAGUAUUUUGUUGUAUAAGUCUGUAGAGCAUUGUUACAUUAAGUAAAUGAGACAGGUGUGGUUGGCGGUACUCCUUGGUACAUUAAUUAAUUGUUAACCUGGUUGAAUAGGGUUGGGUUAUGUUUCAGUAAGGCUGAUAAAGUUCAUUAUUGUAUUUUGUAACAUUACCGUUUGAAGGGAGGAAAAUCCAUCAAACCUUCGUAUUCGGUAGGAAUGCUUGUGUUUCCUUAAAUGUGUUGUUGUGUUAAAAUAAAGUACCUAUAUAUAUACCUAUUA